UUCCCUGAAAUUAUCCCUCCUCCAGUCCAGAUGCACCCUCCAGCCCUCAAUAUAACCAAGGAUGGAGACAGCUACAACCUGCGGUGGGAAACUAAGAAAAUGCCUUUCUCUCACAUCAAGUACGAAUUCCAGGUCCAGUACACAGAUAACCCGGACAACUGGGAGGACAGCAAGACAGAGAUCCUAGAUCGUGCCCAUAGCAUGGCCCUGCCACAGCUGCAGCCCUCCACCACAUACCGGGCCAGGGUGAGGGUCAAGCCCCUCCCCGACUACUAUGGGAUCUGGAGUCAGUGGAGCGAAGUGCAAACCUGGACCACUGACUGGGUGAUGCCCAUGUGGGGGACAGUCCUCAGCCUGAUCUUCCUCAUCCUCUUCCUGCUCCUGGCCCUCCGCUUUGGCUGUGUCUAUGGGUGCAGGAUGUACAGGAAGUGGAAGGAGAAAAUCCCCAACCCCAGCAAGAGCCUCCUGUUCCAGGUAAGAAGGCAGACCCUGCUGAGUCUUGCCUUCUCAGGAUGGAAACGCUGUCCCCAGACCAGUAUCAUCAGCAUCAGUGGGGACAGACACUAA